ACCAAGCUCUGAUGGAUGGCUGCAGGUGGAAGGUACUAAACAUCAAAUCUCGCUGCCAGCGUUCCGUGGCUGUUUUCGAGCAGUCUUAAGAGUACGACGCGCUGGUCUUCGCAAGAGUCUGGCUGCCAUGGCCACCUACACGUGCGACCUGUGCCGAACCCUCCGUUCCGCUGCGACUCCACACCUGCGCCACCUUCCCGCUCCAGGGCAACGCAUGCGGUUCGAAGCGGCGCGUGGCACCAACGGGGUGGGCGAACUUGCCGCGUCCACCGAGGGGUUGGCCACAACCGAAGGCAGUGGAGACAUAGCCGACGUCGGCGAGAACCUCCCAGCACCGAAGUCUCCCUUUGUCUACCUUUGUAGCGUAUGCCAAGACCUGGUCAGCUCAGAAAAACAAGAGAGUAUUGGCGUAAGAACUAUCGGACAGGAUCAAGCUGUCGUGCAAAGAGGAGAAGCAGAUGACUCAGCAGUAGCGCCGCCGCUGCCGCUCUGGUCUUCAUUAUCGGCUGCCCCGUCUGCAGCAAUGCCGAGUCACGGCAUGAGGACGCCGCCAGGCGGCGAACGGAUCUCUGGCGAUGCGGUUUGCGCUGUCAACGUUGCCGACAGUGCGGCAACUGAAGUGGACGGAUCGCAAUCCGACUGGCAGUCCACGAGCUCGCAUCGGGGUUUCCGGCAGACGCAACUGAAGUCUGGAUACGAAAACUUGGCGUCGCCGAUUCCAGGAGUAGCGGAUGACGCGAGAGCUGUGGCCGCCAGUGAGCUGCUGGGUCUGGUGGAGCAAGCCUUCUGCCACCAAGGAAACGAAGCGGACAAGGACUUGAUGGAGACCCCGCAGUGCCAGCUUCUGAAUCGAGACGGCCUGGAUGACCGCUCACGACGGCGGAGUCAACCUGGACGGCAUAAGUCGCAAGAACUGUCCUUUGAGAACGCAGGCAACGCCUUUGCAGAAGGACCAGUCUGCCAUGAGGAAAAGAUGGACUACCAGGAGACAAAGGAGGAACAUCUGGUCACUCCAAAGAGGGACGCGGGCGAUUACUUCGGAGACCCGACGCCAAGCAUGUCAAGACUGACAACACUGCUGGCGGCGCAAUGUGCUAGCAAACUUCUGGGAAAGAGAACUCAACAAGAGGUGCUCGAUGACGAAAGCCCCUGCCCCAUUGCUCCCAAAGCGGCGAUCACCACAAAAUCAUCGGGACAGCAUCAGCUCUGCGAGGCUUCCGAGCAACCAGCAUUUUCUGACGCCGGCCGCUGCUGGAGACCAUCCACAGAACAGGCACAGAACGACGUUCUCCACGACGACUCGGACGACACCUUGGAACCCUUGAUGUCGAAGCUCGCAGACUUGACGAUCGAUGCACAGUGCACGAAACGGUGGCACGUUGUCCCUAAGUAUGAACAGCUACGCGCAGACGGCACCUACGUCUUGGAACCGGUGGCGUGCAAACUGGAAGAGAUGAAAAUGAGCCCAUAGCUUAGCGAAAGGCCAAUUAUUGACACUGGAGAUGAGCAGAAAGUCACCGAUAGGCCUAAUCCGGCGCUGUAGACACAUCGGAAGUCUGGGAGGACUGUGUGCAUCAAAACGAGACUUUUCUCUGACUAGUGAUGAACGUUAAUGAUGUUGAGCGCCUUGACAGAUAAUGGUAGUGCUCGUUGCUUGUGCGGACACUGCGCUGCUACUAAUCCCGUCUUCGUGGAGACGAUCUGAUUCCACUUAGCUCAUUUCUAAACAGAAAUAUAGAUCUAAUUUUAAAAUCUAUCCAGCUAUAUAUCCAGUUACUGCUGGCUUGAGAAAAGAAAGCUAAAAGAAUAUUUUAAAUUCUACCAAGCAAAAAUAAAAUCUUUGCUCCUGCUAA